AAUCUGUGGUAACUUCAAUUAAACAAAAUGGCCGAUAUGCUAUAGGAUUCAAUUUUUAUCUACGACAUUAAGUUUUAAUAAGAGACCAAAAUAUGUCCAAAAGGGAACCAAAUGAACGAAAUGAAAGAAAAUUGGAUGCCAGUGAUUAUGAAAACAUCAUUUCGCAGCAUAACUUAUUUGAAUCGUCGAGGCCUAAACAACAAGAGCUGCCAAGUUUUCCAGGAUUUUCAAAUGCGGAAACACAAACAAAAACAAGUGAUAUCAAAGGUCAAGGGGCCCAAACAGGGUUAGGUGCAUGGCCUUAUAAUCCUUGGUGGAUGCUGGCUAGCACUUCUAGAAGUGUACCAUCUCAAGAUGACUUUUCAGAAGAAAGUGACCAAGCAAAAAUAAAGCAAGAACCUAGCGGAGCGGGAACCCCGGAUCAUGAGCCAUUACAAAAUGAUCUUGAACAAUUUCAUACUCCAACUCCUCCUGCAGGACUUGAUUCUUUUUGUGAUGAUUGCUCAGACCCAUUCUGCGAUUCAAGUGCAGCUUUAUGCCGCCAGUUGUUUCACUGUCCUCAUUGCAGAAAGAGUUAUCCUACGAUUCUCGAAUUUAACACACACUUAACGGGUGUACAUCCAUCUCAAAAGCCAUUUAGGUGUCAGAUAUGUUUGGAGCCUUUUCAUAAAAAAUCUCAUUUACGCAGGCAUUUGGAUUCAAACCAUUCACGUAAAGAUGUAAAUAAAUGCUCAGUUUGCUCCAAGUAUAUAAAAGAUAAAAGCAACCUCCGUAAACAUAUGCAAGUGCAUACAGGUCGUGUCCCACAGAAACAAUUUAAAUGUGACCUGUGUAAUAAUAAACGUUAUAUGUCACUGGACCGAUUAAAUAAUCAUAAAGUGGUUUGUACAGGUGAAAAGGUGUUGAAAUAUUGCGAUAUGUGUACUAAAGUGUUUGAUAAUUCACGAUCAUUAAAUAGUCACAAGAAGGUCCAUGCAAGAGAAUUGAAAUGUGAAAAUUGUGGUGAACAACUUCGGUCUCUAGAGCAAUUCAAUAGUCAUCAGUUAGUUUGCCUCGGAAACACAGCAGAGGUUGGAAUCAGUGCCUCGACUAGUAGUGCAGCUUCUGUAAGCCGUUGCUGCACAGAACCUGGUUUGUGUGAACACGAUAAACCCGCCUACUUGAACAUACCUAGUUACGCAGCAAGUAGAGUGCUGGACGCAACACUUUCUUCAUUAAAAACAGAAAUGAACUGACAGCACAUAUAGCACUCUUAAGCAGUAUGUAUAUUUAUUCUUACAUUGAGUUCAUUUUAUACAAAUUACCAAAUAGUUAAAUGAAUGAUGGUUAUAAUUUUUCACAAUCAAAAAUUACACAAGACUGAUGCAAAUAUCCCGCCUCACAACUUGCUUUAUUAUUACCAUUAAAAUUUAAAUUGUAGCUAGUAAGUAAAUUAAUUUAAGUACUAAUAAUUUUAUGUAUAUCCAAUAUCCAUGUAUGGUUGGAAAUAUUAAAUCUGUUAUGUACUGCCAUCAUUGGGCAAUUUUUAUAUUGCCUUGUGGAUAUGCAUGAAAUUGAAUAUACAAUUUAUUUUUAUUUAAUUACUUAAUAGAUACCACCUAUAUUCCAUAAAAGCAGCUUUACUAUUUAAAAUCAGAAUCAAUAUUUACAUACAGUACAUGAUAUAAUGUACUUUAUUAUUUGAAUACUGUUAACGCCUUGACUGAUUUAGACUACUAUUAGUGUGCAGUAUUACAUUUAACAUUUUUUUUUCUAUUUUUAAAUUGUAAGAGCUAUAUUUUUUUUAUAAUUUUUUAGAAUAAUUUUAAGGUACCUAAAAAUAAAGGAUAGACAUAGUUAAUAGUUAUAGCAACUAUUUUCUAAUGCUUUAACAUACUUGUUUGUCUAUAGACGCAUGUAAACUUAUAUACAUAAUAUAAUUUUUGUAAUGUAUUAUGCAUUACAUAUUAAA